CCGGGGCGGUGGUUGCAUCAGAUUCUGGGAAGCCGGCGCCGCGGCUGCUGGCUUGUAAUUCCGACGAUGUCAGGUUCCUCCGGGGAGCAGGCUCCCGCCUACAGGUCCAUCCUGAGCAUUGGUGACGAGACUGCGCGGGUGCAGGCCCUCAACGAGCACCUCAGCACGCGCAGCUACGUCCAGGGGCACGCGCUGUCCCAGGCGGACGUGGACGUGUUCAGGCAGCUCUCGGCGCCCCCCGCCGACACGCGCCUCUUCCACGUGGCUCGGUGGUUCAGGCACAUGGAAGCGGUCCUGGGCGAGCCCUGUGGGCGCCAAGCAAGUCGAGGUCGGCGGGGGCAGCCUCAGUGGUCUCCUCCAGCGGGGUCUCUGCCGUGCAAGCUCCGCCUUUACAACAGCCUCACCCGGAACAAGGAGGUGUUUAUUCCUCAAAACGGGAAGAAGGUGACGUGGUACUGCUGCGGGCCCACCGUCUACGACGCGUCUCACAUGGGGCACGCCAGGUCCUACAUCUCCUUCGACAUCCUGAGGAGAGUGCUGCGGGACUACUUCGGGUUCGACGUCUUCUACUGCAUGAACAUCACCGACGUGGACGACAAGAUCAUCCGGAGGGCCCGGCAGAACCACCUGUUUGAGCGGUACCGGGCGGAGCGGCGGCGUGCAGCCCAGCUCCUGGACGACGUCCACGCCGCCCUGCAGCCGUUUUCAGUCAAGUUAAGUGAGACCACGGACCCCGACCGGAAGCAGAUGCUGGAGAGCAUCCGGCGAGCGGUGGAGCUGGCCGCGGGGCCUCUGGAGAGAGCCGUGCGCGAUGGCCUCCCGGCCGAGGAGGCCGACCGAUGUGCAGAGGUGUUGAUGGAAGAAGCAAAAGAUGUGCUCUCUGAGUGGCUGGACUCGACGCUCGGCAGUGAGGUCACGGACAAUUCCAUCUUCUCCCAGCUGCCUAAGUUCUGGGAGGAGGAGUUCCACAGAGACAUGGAGACCCUGAAUGUUCUCCCUCCGGACGUCCUGACCCGGGUCAGCGAGUACGUGCCGGAGAUCGUGAACUUCGUCCAGAGGAUCGUGGACAAUGGCUACGGCUAUGCUUCCAACGGGUCCGUCUACUUCGACACCGUGAAGUUUGCUUCCAGCGAGAGGCACUCCUACGGGAAGCUGGUGCCCGAGGCCGUUGGGGACCAGAAGGCACUGCAGGAAGGGGAAGGUGACCUGAGCGUCUCGGCAGACCGGCUGAGCGAGAAGCGGUCCCCCAAUGACUUCGCCCUGUGGAAAGCCUCCAAGCCCGGCGAGCCGUCCUGGCCGUGCCCGUGGGGAAAAGGGCGCCCGGGGUGGCACAUCGAGUGCUCCGCCAUGGCGGGCACGCUCCUGGGAGCCUCGAUGGACAUUCACGGAGGGGGCUUCGACCUCCGGUUCCCCCACCAUGACAACGAGCUGGCCCAGUCAGAGGCCUACUUCGACAAUGACUGCUGGGUACGCUACUUCCUGCACACGGGCCACCUGACCAUCGCGGGCUGCAAGAUGUCCAAGUCACUCAAGAACUUCAUCACCAUCAAAGACGCCCUGAAGAGGCACUCAGCGCGGCAGCUGCGGCUGGCCUUCCUCAUGCACUCCUGGAGGGACACGCUGGACUACUCGAGCAACACCAUGGAGUCCGCGCUGCAGUACGAGAAGUUCAUGAACGAGUUUUUCUUGAACGUGAAAGACGUCCUUCGAGCUCCUGUGGAUAUAGCCGGGCGAUUUGAAAAGUGGGAAGAAGAAGAAUUACAGCUGAGUGAGAGCUUUCAGGAGAGGAAGGCGGCGGUUCACGAGGCGCUCUGUGACAACGUGGACACGCGCGCCGCCCUGGAGGAGAUGAGGGCUCUGGUUGGCCAGUGCAACCUCUACAUGGCGGCCCGGAAGGCGGCGCGGAGGAGGCCCAGCCGCGCGCUGCUCGAAGGCGUCGCUCUGUACCUCACCCGCAUGCUCAAGAUCUUUGGGGCCAUAGAAGAGGAAAGCACCCUGGGGUUCCCCGUCAGAGGACCUGGCAACAGCCUGAAUCUCGAGUCCACGGUCAUGCCGUACCUGCAGGUGUUGUCGGAGUUCAGAGAAGGUGUGCGGAAGAUCGCCCGGGAGCAGAAUGUCCCCGAGGUCCUGCAGCUCAGCGACGCUCUGCGGGACUGCAUCCUGCCGGCGCUGGGGGUGCGGCUGGAAGACCGUGAAGGGCUGCCGACCGUGGUCAAGCUGGGGGACAGAGAGACCUUGCUGAGGGAGAGAGAGGAGAAGAGACGGGUCGAAGAGGAGAAGAGGAAGAAGAAAGAGGAGGCCGCCAGGAAAAAACAGGAACAGGAGGCGGCGAAGCUGGCCAAGAUGAAGAUCCCGCCCAGGGAGAUGUUCUUGUCGGAAACGGAUAAAUAUUCCAAGUUUGAUGAAAAUGGCCUGCCCACACACGACAGCGGAGGCAGAGAGCUGAGCAGAGGCCAGGCCAAGAAGCUGAGGAAGCUGUUUGAGGCUCAGGAGAAGCUCCACGAGGAGUACCUGCAGAUGGCUCAGCACGGGGGCUGCCAGUGAGGACGCCAGACAGGGCCGUCGGAGGCCCGGUGCCUCCUCUCUGCAUCCUUGGUGACACGGCCCCACGCUUGGCCAUGUUUACAGCGGCCCGCGGGUCCCAGAUUGAGCAUUCUGUUCACAGAGGCCCCCGCCGUCCUCGGCUCUGAGACGCCGUAAUAAACGUGUCCAGACAGCGGG